CACAUGCUCUUUCACGAGCACGCACACACACACACCUCGUACAGUUCUGUUCACAUUCUGUGGGGCGCUCGGACAAGAGGAAAACCCACACACACAUACAGCAUCGGACAUAGGAUUGAAGCAGAGGAGCAAGUUUUGUCCAGGGAAAGGAAAGGUAUCUGUUUUUCUGAGAUUAAAGGUGGAGCGCCAGAGGGUAGAGGAGGAAGGAGAAAGAGAAACAGAAGAAGAGAGAGAGCGAAAGGGGAGAGGGAGAAGAGGGCAGCAGCGUUGCGCCACAUUUAGACCCGGAGCAGAGACAAGGAUGUGCAUGGGGGACAGCUUCACGGAGUUCUGCUGAGUGACGAAAAGCUUUCUUUACAAGGCAGCAGGAAGUGUGCAGCUCUCGCAAGAAGAAUUCAGGUGUUUAGAUAGGAAUACACUCCAGAUUUAUUCAAAUCAUCCAAGGAAGAGCGGAUAUUCACCAGCAUACGGUGGCAUGGAUUGCAUCACCCCGGUCGUCCUGCCUCUGUGCCGGAGCCACUGGUCCUAAAGCUGGUGUCCACUCCUGCAAGAGGUAAUGAGAGUUCCUGGGAAGCCGUGGAGAGCCGGACAGCCCGACAGAGCGAAACAGACGAGGAAGAGGGCCGGGUUUCACAGGGAUGAGAGCAUCCACAAGCUGAGGAGAACCAAGAGAGGAAGAGCAGCGGAGCGGCCGAGAAGAGGAGGUUUUGAUGUGGAGAAUGGCUUGGCAGUGGGGCGCAGCCCUGGCGGUCUGGUCUUACAGGCCAACUUUCCUCACAGCCAGCGGCGGGAAUCCUUCCUCUACCGCUCCGACUCUGACUUUGACCUUUCGCCCAAAGGUCCUUCCAGAAACUCCUCCACUGGCAGUGACCUACACACAGAAGACAUUAUUGUCACACCAUUUGCACAGGUUCUCGCCAGCCUGAGGACAGUCCGAGGUAACUUUGCUGUCAUAACCGACCAGCAAGAUCGCACAGUCAGCAAGACGCGAUGCUCAGGCAGCAACCCACCAUCCAUGUGCAAGACCAGCCUCGCAGAGGAGCCUCACCAGCAGCUGGCCGUAGAGUCGCUAGAUGAGCUGGACUGGUGUCUGGAACAACUAGAGACACUGAAAACUCGACACUCUGUCAGCGAGAUGGCCUCCAACAAGUUCAAGAGGAUGCUGAACCGAGAGCUCACCCAGCUGUCAGAAACCAGUCGUUCAGGGAACCAGGUCUCUGAGUUCAUCUCCAGUACCUUCUUAGAGAAGCAACAUGACAUGGACAUCAUGUCUCCCCCCACCAAAGAGAAGGACAAGACGAAGCGGCCCAUGUCCCAGAUCAGUGGAGUGAAGAAGGCCACACACGACCCCAGCCUCGCCCCCUCCACCAUCCCUCGCUUUGGGGUCAAUGCCAGCCAGGAAGGACUCCUAGCCAAGGAGUUGGAGGAUGUUAACAGAUGGGGUAUUGACAUCUUCAAGGUCUCUGAGUAUUCUGGGAAUCGCCCACUGACGGUCACCAUGUACACCAUCUUUCAGGAACGUGAUCUGCUGAAGUCCUUUCAGAUUCCUGCGGACACUUUCAUUACCUUUAUGAUGACUUUGGAGGAUCAUUACCAUGCCGACCAGGCCUACCACAACAACAUCCAUGCUGCAGACGUGGUCCAGUCCACGCAUAUCUUACUGUCCACACCUGCUCUGGAGGCUGUGUUUACUGAUCUCGAGAUCCUUGCCGCUCUGUUUUCAAGCGCCAUCCAUGAUGUGGAUCACCCUGGAGUUUCCAAUCAGUUUCUCAUCAACACCAACUCAGAGCUGGCCCUGAUGUACAAUGACUCUUCGGUACUGGAGAAUCACCAUCUGGCUGUUGGCUUUAAGCUUCUGCAGGAAGAUAACUGUGACAUCUUUCAGAACCUCAACAAAAAGCAAAGACAGUCGCUGCGCAAAAUUGUCAUUGACAUGGUGCUGGCCACAGAUAUGUCUAAACACAUGAAUCUACUGGCAGACCUCAAAACCAUGGUGGAGACAAAGAAGGUAACCAGUCUAGGAGUCCUACUGCUGGACAACUACUCAGACCGCAUACAGGUCCUUCAGAACAUGGUGCACUGUGCAGACCUGAGCAACCCCACCAAGCCUCUGGAGUUGUACCGCCAGUGGACGGACCGCAUCAUGGUGGAGUUUUUCACCCAGGGCGACAGGGAGAGAGACAAGGGCAUGGAGAUCAGCCCCAUGUGUGACAAACAAAACGCCUCAAUAGAGAAGAACCAGGUGGGUUUCAUCGACUACAUUGUUCAUCCUCUGUGGGAGACGUGGGCUGACCUCGUUCACCCAGAUGCUCAGGAGAUCCUGGACACACUGGAGGAUAACAGAGAGUGGUACCAGAGCAUGAUCGCCCACAGCCCCUCGCCCCACCCAGAGGACCAGCAGGAAGGAGCCCAUGCUGGGGAAUCCUCAGCACUCAGCGGGGGCAGUGGCUCUGUGACGGCCGACAAGUUCCAGUUUCAGCUGACAUUGGAAGAAGAGGGAGAGUCUGAUACAGAGAGUCCACCUGAGGAAGAGGAGGGCUCUAGCGGCAGUACGGGGCCUGAACUCUCCAGAACUGAUUCUGCCAGGGGGUUUGGUGCAGUAUCUACUGCGACUCGCCUGCUCACUAUAAAGCUCACUGCUGAUUCAGUCAGGACGUUUUCUUUAGACUCUGAUAAAGAUAUGGCAGAAGACAGAGAAACAGACCAGGAAGGCGUCUCUGGGGUGCCACGCUUCAGACUUGGCACAUAGCACCAGUCAAAAGUUGUGUUUCUUUUGGCCUUUUGUUUAUUUUUCUCGGUUUUGUGUGUCACUCCUCUUCUCACACUCCGACCAAGCACCACCGACUCUGGUUUCUGCAGACAGGGUGGACAGCGAGCCUCGGGGUGGGGACUGCAAGUGGGUGUGUUUUUUUUUUAGAAAGUCUGCAGUUUUACACAGCAGUCAUUUCCACUGGAAAGAGACAGAUUGACUGAGUCACUGUUCUAAUAGAGGACAGGAAACCGAGUUUCUGACCAGUCCUUUGUGUUCUGUGUCUCUGUCACACAUACUGUGGAUAAAGUCCGACAGAGACAAUGAGACAUUUCCAACAAAUCUUUUACCAGCCAACUCAAGCUCGAUUAUAACAAAUGACGGAACUGUCUUUCUCUUUUGUAAAGAAAGUGAGGAAGUGAUGAAUGAGUGUAAGACAUAUUGCCAAACUUACAAUUUACAGGGUCGAUGUGGUUUUGCCUGCCUUUUUAUUGUUUUUAUUGUUUGUUAUUCUGUUAUCUUUUGUUUUGGUCUACAUGCAGUGAAAUACGGUCAAGGAAGAGACAGUAAAAUAGGAAAAGCAGCGUAAACAAAGUAAUGGCAGAAAGGAGCUAUGCAUGAUUUUAUGCAGGAAACUUUAAAUGUAGCAGACGUUUUUCAUUAUUAUUGUGUAAGUAGCACUACUUUCAGCUGCUGUUGCACAGCCCAUUUAAUUGUGGUCAGCAAGCAGUAGUUUCACAAAAAUAUGACUAUAAUUAUGUGGCUGGCAGAACAUUUUAUUUGGAGAUUUUCGGUUGUUUUAGGCUUACUAUUUCCGAUUUUCUAAUCCUAAACUAUGAGAUUGUCAGCUACAAAACUAAGCCAGACUCAGUGAAGAGUUAUACUGUCAAGGAAUUACAUCCAAAGCAAUGUGGGCUGUGCACAUGGUGCCUCCCAGUGUUGACUCAUGGAACUGAAGUUCUGGCAUUGGAGGUAAAUAAUUAGCAAGGGUUUAGCAAUUUUAACGUAUUUAACUGUAGGACUACCCAAAAUAUCAGUUAUGUUUCAGUUUUAUUUCUCUUAUAUUUGUGUUGUUUAAUUUCAAGUCACUCAUUUUGGUAUUCUUAGUAUUUGGCACCCAUUUUUAUCAGUUUGCCUUCAAGUUUAGCACUUUACAGUUUUGUUCAUAACUCGCUCAUUGUGGUUUUUAAGGGCUCGAGCCAAAAAAUAACACAUUGUAGACUAUUGAUAAAAAACAACUUGUCCAUGGCUGUCAAGCAACCAGCACAGACAAACUAAACCAGCACAGAUAAACUAAACACUGCAGUACAGCUACGAAUGCAUUAAACUAUCCAUUGAAAUCCAUUUCCGUUACUACAUGCUGUGUUACACACAGCAUCCACCUCCUAAAAUUCAGUUUCUGGCACCAUUCACUUGCAUACAUUACUAAACUGAUAAGGGCAACUUGUUACAAGCACAAGGGUUGCAAAAAAACAAGUUAGCAUGGUUAAAACUGCAAAAAAAUAAUAACCGAGGAGACAGUUUUAUAUGCCAGAUUUUUUCUCACAUCUUUUUUCACUCAUUGAUUAAUAUUUUGCUCUUCACAGGGUCAAUGACAAAACAAGUGCCAAGCAAGCAUGACACAACCUGUACUGUAAUUUCCAUUUUGCCACUGGCUACUUUCCAUCAGUGACUGAUAAAGUUGGUUGAUUGUAGCAGCCUGUCUGCCAAUCUGACCCUCGUGUCUGUUCCUUUUUUUCUAACUCUUGUUCAAACAGUAACUGAAACUGAUAUUUUCUUAAAACAGUGAUGUUUUUUGUGUGUGUGAGUGAAUGACUGGGUUGACCAUUUUGAUGCAUUUGCUAAGAAAAAACCAAAGCACUUUGUAUGGUACUUUUACAGUUCUGCACUUCCACUACAGUUGAACAUGUAGAGUGACUGUUUCACUGUUUGUUUUUUUCUGUUGGCAAACGGCCUGGUGGUUGAGUUGAAUUGUACGGGCUGGGCCACUACAGCUCUGAUGUUGGAGAGACGUGAGUUCUUUUUAUAAUUGACUGCACAUGAAAUGUGUUUCAUUGAAAUGCAUUGGCUGCAAGAUGUAAGAGGAUAUGGAGAAUUUACUAAACUUAGCCUGAGGAGAAACUUUUGUUUGUAUUGCCAUGAAAUGAAACAGAGUACAUCACGUGGUUAAUGUGUGAACAAGCUGAGAAGUUUUUUGACGCCUUAUUUUCAAAUUUGGGAUUAUUAUUUUUUGGGUCAUAGAUGUGUUCACUGUCAUGUUGGAUUAAACAUGUGCAAUCCUUUCUGUAGCCAUAAACAGCACCGAACAGACCAACACUCAAGGAUGCCUUCAACAUUAAGGUCUAUUUAACAGCUCUACGAGCACAACAUGCAGAUAUUCUGUCGGUCUCUUUGCGUGUCACUUUUUGUGUAUUUUCCUCACAGUUCUUCAUGUACAGUUUAUUUAUUAUUUCUAUCUGUUCUGUCAAUAACAAUGGAGCAGUAGAGGUUUAGAAGAGCUUUUUGUUUAGAAAGUCACACAGGACAUAUUUCGACUAUAACUCGGCUUUUCCCCUUCUCGUUUCAUUACUUCAUUGUCUGCAAAUAAUGUGAUACAUAAACAAAAAUACUCACGUUCAUGUUUUUCUUGUUAUAAAUAGUUGAGUGACAGAUUUCUGUAUGCGUUUUCUGAAACAUUUCUCAUUUUCUGUCUGGCUCAGUUUCCACUGAUCUGACCAGAUCACGUGAUCUUACAGUCGGUGUACUAAUCUGAGACGUGUUUGAUUCAUACUGAAGAUUAUAUAGUAACACAGCGUCAAGUCAUCCUAGAUCAGUAUUACCAUUCUUAGAGAUAAUAGAAUAAGGAUCAUGGACUUGGACUGCAGCUUUGACAAUCCAAACUGUUCGCCCUGUCUCCAACUAGAACUGUAAGCCUUGCCAAUAAAUAAAAAAAUAUUCA